CAUUCAAAAUGGACGUUCUCUUCGUGGGUUUGAGUUUCCUAAAUUUAGGUUGCUUUCUUGUUAGUUUGUUGUACUUAAUGAAGAGUUAUAUCCCUGAGUGGCUACACGACAUUUUUGAAUGGGGAAAGACUAAGCGUGAGUUAAAGCAAAGCAGCUGGACUCAGUGUCUCCAUGUCCCAAACAGCUGGUUCACUCAUUUCUAUGUUGCUGGAAGUUCUCUGUCAUGUGCACUUCUCUGGAUGUUGCUAAAUCAUUGUGUUUACAGUGAAACUUCAAUGACAGAUGGUCUAGCUCAAAUACUGGACCUAAACUACAAUCCUCAUGUCAACUGCUUCACUGUUCUGGUAUCUCUUCUUCUUCUGCUGGUACAGACUUGUCGCAGAUUGUUUGAAUGUUUGUUUAUCAGUGUGUUCUCAGGCAAGAUUCAUUUAUCACAUUUCUUGGUGGGUGUAGCCUACUAUUGUUUGGAUGUAACUUCCAUUGCUACAUCAUUCCUCAGAGUAGAGAAAAAAGACAGAGACUGGUGUAGUUCAUGUAGACUUUCUUUGGGUACCUUCAGCUGGUACCAAUACUUUGGAGUGUUCCUAUUUUUAUGGGCAAGCUGGCAUCAAUGGAACUGCCAUAACAUCCUGGCAAAGUUGCGACACUCGGCAAGUGGAAAAACAGUCAACUUGUACAGAAUUCCUUAUGGAGACUGGUUUGAGUCCGUUUCUAGUCCUCAUUACUUGGCAGAAAUCCUAAUUUACAUUUCUUUCUUUAUAAUACAAAAAGGACAGAACAUCUAUGUUGGACUGAUUCUACUAUACACUAUUCAGAACCUUUCACUUGGAGCCGCAGUUACACAUGAAUGGUACCACAACAAAUUCAAGGAUUACCCCAAAAAUCGUAACAGGAUAUUUCCUUUUCUGUACUAAGGUGACUGAAAUUGUUUUUGGGACUGAUCAAGUCUAAUUGAUCCUAAAACAAUGGUACUUUGUGUGAAUAUUACAACUACUGGUACAAAAUUAAACAAUAGCACUGGGAUAAAAAAAAGACUUUGUUAAAAACUAAACUUUGUGAUGGGGUGUAGUCUUGAAGGAACCUUUUUUGGCAAGACAUGGCAACGGUCCUAAGCCAUGUAUUUUUGUUUUUCAAACUGUCAAAUUCAAAAUUUUUUUCCAAUUUUUCGUCAGGUUUCUGGAAGUCUUGCCUUAAUAAUUAUUAUCUUUUGGAUAAUUAUGAAGGGGUUCUUUUUCUACUUCAGUGUAAUUAUGAUGUAAACCAGAUAAACAUUUCAUCCACUUUUUAUCAGGAUCUAUUAGUGCGGUGGUCAAAUAUAAGAAAAAUUGUAGAUCCAAAAUUAUUAUGUUUACAAAUAUAUUAUACGGAACAACAAAGAAAUCAAAAUUGAUGGUAAAAGUGUUUUUUAUAUAAAGCAUUACUUUUAUAUGAAUAUUAGAUAUACAAAUGAUCCGCUCUUUGACAAGUCAAAUAUUUUCUACUUCAAAAUCAACUGUAAAUGUGUUUUUUAUCUAAAGUAUUAUUUUUACAUGAAUAUUAAACAUACAAAUGAUCUGCUCUUUGACAAGUCAAAUAUUUUCUACUUUAGUGUAAUUAUGAUGUAAAUCAGAUAAACAUUUCAUCCACUUUUUAUCCGGAUCUAUAAGUGUCGUGGUCAAAUAUAAGAGAAAUUGUAGAUCCAAAAUUGUAAUGUUUACAAAUAUAUUAUAUGGAACAAAGAAAUCAAAAUGGAUGAUAAAAGUGUUUUUUAUAUAAAGCACUAUUUUUAUAUGAAUAUUAACUAUACAAAUGAUCUGCUCUUUGACAAGUCAAAUAUCGAGUCUUUUAAUGUUAUCAGAAGUGAGGGGUCGACAAGGUCCAACCUUUUAGUAUGGACAGGCCUGAGGCAAUCUGUUCCUUUGAAGUUGUGUGUUAACAUACCCAAUGUUGAGGUAAUUCUUGAUUUGAAAGUCUUAAAUGUUAUGACUAUAAGUUUAUUGUUUUCUUAUAAAACAAAAAUUGGAAAAGCCAAGUAAAUGGGUCAAGCUAAAGAGAGAAUUUAGCCUUGAUGACAACCAAGUUUCAGAGGCAUUUCUUUUGCCAGUGAGGGUUGCUAACAAACCAUAUCUACGCUCCUUUCAGUACAAAGUGUUGAAUUCUGUUCUGUUUAUUAAUGAACGCCUGUGUAAAAUAGGAUACGUUUCUAAUCCCAACUGCACAUUCUUUCAUCAACUAACAGAAACCAUAUCCCAUAUUUUGUUCAGUUGUCCUUUUUCAAAUUCUUUUUGGCAAGAGGUUAAUGAAAAAAUUUUGAGUAAAAUCAAGAGUUGCAGAAGCCUCUCGCUCACAUAUUGCGAUGUUAUUGUUGGAUCUUUUGAGGAAGAGAUGGAUCUAUUUUAUUAUAUAGUAAUUUUAGGAAAAUCUUACUUGUGGACUUGCUGAUGUAAAGAAACAUUACCUUCCUUAAAUUUUGGUAAUUAAAUAUGAAACUGAAAAACACAUAUAUUUCAAAUCAAAUAAAACAAAUUUGUUUAUUAAAGAA